AUGAUGAUACUACUGAUGUUGCUACUUUCUCAAAUAGCUUGCCACACUCACAUUCUCAGAUGUCAUGUCCAUGAUCCACAGCCUCCACUUCACAAGUAUUAUCAACCUGGAGAUCUCAUCAUUGGUGGUGUUGUUUCUCUGACUUUUAUAGUUUCUGAUCCUCUGGCUUUCGAUGUAGAACCUCCACCAGUGGUAUACCAAGAUCUUAGCAUCCUCACUAAGCAUUACCAGCACAUUUUGGCUUUGGCAUUUGCAGUAAAGGAAAUAAAUGAAAAUUCCCAAUUGCUACCUAAUUUCACCUUGGGCUUCCAUAUCUAUGACAGCUAUUUCAAUGCACAGAGGACAUACCAUGCCACAAUGCAGCUAAUGUCUACAUCAGAUAGAUUCAUCCCCAAUUAUAAAUGUGGUAUCCAAAGCAACUUAAUAGCAGUCAUUGGAGGACUUGAUGCCCAAACUUCCCUUCAUAUAACAAAUAUUUUGGAUAUCUAUAAAAUUCCUCAGAUCAUUUAUGGAUCAGCUCCGGAGAUGAACGAUAAGCUUCCAGGUCUGUCUUUCUACCAGAUGGCCCCUAAAGAUGACCUUCAGCACUUUGGUAUCCUCUCUUUGCUUCUCUAUUUCUCAUGGACAUGGAUUGGGAUCCUUGCUAUGGAUGAUGACAGAGGAGAAAGAUUUGUGCAUACUGUAAUUCCAGCAUUUUCCAAACAAGGCAUCUGUUUUGCCUUCAUAGAAAUGUUCCCUAGAAUAAAUUACUCUGAUGAACAUGAAAACAUGAUAAAUAAAGGAGUAAAAAUGUAUGAAGUUAUCCUAGCCAGCAAAGCCAAUGUAGUGUUGUUCUAUGGGGUAUCUUAUUCUGUUUUGUUUUUGAUAUGGUUUCCUUAUAUUUCUGAAUUUGGGGUACAAAAAUCAUAUAUAAAUCCAUUAAAAGGAAAAGUAUGGGUAAUGACUACUCAGAUGGAGCUCAGUAUUUUGAACUAUCAAAGGAACUGGAGUAUAGAAAUGUUACAUGGUACUCUGUCCUUUACAAUUCACUCCAAAGAACUUCAUGGGUUUCAAGAUUUUAUUCAGAGUCAGAAACCAUUAAGCAGUAAAGAGGAUGGCUUUAUGGUGGACUUCUGGCAACAUAUCUUUAACUGUGGAUUUCCAAAUAGAAUUCAGGACAAAGUUGUAGGACUCAUUUGCACAGGCAAGGAGAAGCUGCAGGAUGUUCCUGGCCCUUUUUUUGAAAUGAAUACCAUUGGCCACAGCUACAGUGUAUACAAUGCUGUCUAUACUGUGGCCUAUGCCUUAUGUGCCAUGACCGCACCAAGGCUCAGACCAAAAGCAAGAAUGAAGGAAUCCAAAAUUAAGCACUUUUUAGAGCUUCAUCGCUUUCUCAGAGGUGUCUCAUUCAACAACAGUGCUGGAGACUAUAUUUCCUUUGAUGAGAACAGGAGGUUACUAGUUGGAAUGGAUGUAACCAACUGGGUUAUUUCCUCAAACCAAUCUUUUCAUAGAAAGAAAGUUGGGAGAAUCGCUCAUGAAACUUCUCUAGGACGAAUGCUGACCGUCAGUGAAGAUGCCAUAGAAUGGCACAACUGGUUUAACCAAGUCCAACCAACUUCCAUUUGUACUGAGCACUGCCAGCCUGGUACUAGCAAGAAAGUUAAGGAAGGGGAGCCAUUCUGUUGCUAUGACUGCAUCACAUGUCCAGUUGGAAAGAUUUCAGAGGAGGAGGAUAUGAGGGAUUGUUAUAAAUGCAGAGAUGAAUUUUAUCCAAAUAAGAACAAGAAUUUCUGUCUCCCCAGAUAUGUAAGUUUCUUAUCUUAUGGAGAACCUCUUGGGAUGAGUUUCUCUUUCUCGGCUCUUUUCUUUUCUUUGAUCACAGCUCUGGUGCUGGGAAUAUUCCUAAAGCAUCAUAACAGCCCAAUUGUUAUAGCCAAUAAUCGAAACCUCACUUACACUCUUCUGGUCUCCCUCUUGCUCUGCUUCUUCUGUGUGUUCUUGUUCAUUGGCCGUCCUCAGCAGGUGACCUGUCUUAUCCGACAAACUGCUUUUGGCAUCACCUUCUCGGUGGUGGUUUCUUGUGUGCUGGCAAAAACCAUAAUGGUGGUUCUGGCAUUCUUAGCCACCCAACCUGGAUCCAAGAUGAGGAAGUGGGUGGGGAAAAGACUGGCCCACUCAGUACUUCUUUUCUGCUCCCUGAUUCAGGCAUGCAUUUGCAUUUCAUGGAUGUGGAUCUCUCCACCUUUCCUAGAGGUUGAUGUUCAUUCAGUGCAUGAAGAAAUCAUACUGCAGUGCAACGAGGGCUCAGUGGUUAUGUUUUACUGUGUCCUGGGCUACCUGGGCUUCCUGGCUGUUAUCAGCUUCUCUGUGGCUUUUCUUGCCCGGAAGUUACCUGACACUUUCAAUGAAGCCAAAUUCAUCACAUUCAGUAUGUUGGUGUUUUGCAGCGUGUGGUUGUCUUUUGUUCCAACCUAUCUCAGCACCAAAGGAAAGUAUAUGGUUGCCGUGGAAAUCUUUUCCAUCUUUGCUUCCAGUGCUGGUUUGCUGGGAUGCAUUUUUUUCCCCAAAAGUUACAUUAUUCUAUUGAGGCCAGAGCUGAACAAGAGAGAACAAAUGAUAAGAAAGAAGUGCUAA